AUGAAGACAGGAGUAGAAAACCCCUGCCUUGAAGUCCAGAUGGAAUCCAUACCACUAAAUGACGCAGGACAAACAAGCCUUGAGUAUCAAGGACCCGCUACCAUGAAUAAUCCCUUGUCACCAAUAGAUCCUGCACAUUCAGACAAAUUUCUUAAACUUCGGCGAAUGAUGUGCAUUGUUACUGCUGUGGCUUUCAUUUCUCUCCUGACUUCUGCUGCAACUCUCAUCUUAGCUUUGAGAGUGAAAAAUUCUCAGAAUGUUUCGACUUCCCCUACGAUUGUAAAGCACGAGGUAAGCGAAUCGGCACCAUUUUUAGAUUCGUGAAUUCCUAGUCUUCCUCCUGUGAUGUAUACUAUUACGAUGGGACGAAGUCGAGGGAAACACCAGGACUCGAGCGAAAACAAAACUAACUGGUUUCACGAGGGACCUGACAUUAAGUGUUUUGUUAUACUUCUAGACUUUCACUCCAACAGCAACAAAAGAAUAACCGGGGCGAAUCAAAACAGUCGACUCGGUACUUACAGCAACAGAAAGUUAAUUCUUAAAACCCGGCUGAAUAUGAUUUACAAAGUACUUUCCUUAUAUUAUCUGCAUCUUUUUCGUCCACAUGCGGCUGUUUCUCUUCUGGGAUAACUUUGAAACUCGUUGCUUCUUAGCUUGAGGCUUCUGUCACGCCCCUUUGCACCAUGCUUUGAUCACGUGCUGUAAUGUAUCCUGAGCGGGCUACAAACAGGAUACAUUUGAUUUCAGUCAAGACCAUGUGACCACACAAGAAUCAACCACUGGCAGUCCCUGUUUAGUUGAGAGAAAGUCUAGGAAUAUAACAAAAUUAAAGCAUAUGUUAUCUUAGUAAAUUACUUUGCUAAUUGUAGUAUUACGAGAAUUUUCUUAUGCUACUACGGCUAAAUUUAGGAAAGAUGCAACCGCUUUGGUACACAAAGAUAUUUCAGUAAUGGUGUGAGCAAAAGGAAUUUUGACACUUUGAAAUUUUCCAAACAGGAAAACAAAACUUGAUCGUCGGCCCGAUUUUCUCGAGUUUCAACCGAGGUCCUUUCUGCCCGUCCUUUGUCAAACUGAGACUAUUUCUAAGGCCUGGAAUAAACACCACAAGGUUUCAUGGGCUGCAGCAAAACAAUCCUACACAAGUUUUUUCCUAGUCAGUCCCCGGCCCCGGGGCUGGUGUAUUCGUCGUCAGGUAUAUCAUGUACUGCCCACCCCUUUUACCUAAGGACUGUCAAAAUGAAAAAACUAUGCAAUUCAAAGAAACAGCGCUCUUGAUUCCUUUUCAAUUUCCCGUGAAUUUACAGCUAGAAAAUUUCUGUCUGUGCGACAAGAACCAGUCAAGUACGAACUUGAAGUGAUUCUCAGAAUGCCGUGUUGGCCACGAACUAGCACAGAAUUUAAAUUUGGUCACACUGUACUUCCGAGAAAAUAGUGAAAUGACCCAUCACAAAAAUAUUGGAAUUAGAUGUAGAAAUAGACGUGAACAUAGUAAAAAAUAUAUAUAUAAUGGUAAACUUUCUCUGUUUAAAAUCUACUAAUUAAUGAAGGAUCUCAGUUUCCGAAAAUCUAAUGGCUGAUUUUUUUUUUUAUAAUCUAAAAACUUUCAAUUUUAAGGCGUUUUUUCACAUGCAAAUGAGGCAUACCUGAUCCAAAAUGCCAAAAGUAAAAAUCAUUUCCUGUUUUGCCACACUUGACCCUAGCCGAUUUCAGUUGCUCAUAUUUACCGGUAGAAGUCUUAUCAUGGCGGUCUUGUAACCUGCCACUUUUAGUAUCCACUGAGAUCAGUAAGAUUGUACGUAUCGUAAACAACAUCAUUUGUCCAUCCAUUUUAGGGACGAAAAAACUGGCAAAUCAACUCGAGGAGAUAAAGAUCCAAAACAAGAGAGGAUCGUUUCAAUUGUUGGUUUUCACAUGACGUCACUAAAAUUCAAACUACAAAACUAUCGAUCCCACUGAGAUUUUACUUUCAUGGUGUAUUAGAGCAGCUGAAAGCUAAUUUUCAAACAAAUUUUCGCUUCAAAAGGGUUCUUGCUUUUGAAAUAGAGUACGCUUGAAUUUCUAAGCUUUUGCGUGACGCAGCAUUUACAUGACGGCCGAGAAGGCUGUCUUUUAGGUUAAAAAAGUGACUUCUUUCGAGGAAUUUUGCUAUCUAUUUAUUUAUUUAUUUAUUUUAUUUUAUUUGCCACACAAUAAUCACAAAAAAUAAGGAAAAGAAGGAAAAAAGAAGUGGCGAGGAGACCUAACAGAAACUAUAGGAGCUUAUGAGAGGUUAGGCCUCCUCGAACUAUGAACUAAACAGUUCUUAACAGUUCAAGUAUUAGAAAAAGUAUUACUUUAAUGUUUAUGAGUUCUUCUAGGAGUAAAUUCACGCUUUUGUAGCAAAACUCGGUAACAGAUGUUUCUGUUGGUUUCCGUCCGCCAUGUUGGAGCUCAUCCGGAUGAGCUCCAGCAUNUUCAAGUAUUAGAAAAAGUAUUACUUUAAUGUUUAUGAGUUCUUCUAGGAGUAAAUUCACGCUUUUGUAGCAAAACUCGGUAACAGAUGUUUCUGUUGGUUUCCGUCCGCCAUGUUGGAGCUCAUCCGGAUGAGCUCCAGCAUGGCAUCUCCAUACAAAGCUCUAUAAAUUUGGGUAAAACAUUUCCUCGGACAUCUUGUAUACGAAUUAUUCCUUCGACCCAAAUCUUGGCGCGGGUCUUUGUAUAUUUACCUUUUUUCAUUUCCCAGAUUCUGGACUUUAUCUGUCGAAUGGUUUUGAUUUUUAUUUUGAUCUACUUUGAAUGGCGUGACACUGAAAACCAGCAAUAAGCUAAGAUAAGGUGCAUAUGUUUGGCUAGAGUUUUAAAGUUUCCGUCAAAAAUCGUUGGGUUAAACACAACAUUACUAGAUGUAUUACCGCGGGUCACCAAAGCCUACAAAAUGAUAUUUGCUAGCAGCUGAACAGUAGGAAAAAGAUAGUCUAUAUUUACAGGAAUAUAAGUAUAUGUGAUGUUCUACUCUUCAACCCGCUUUACCAAGGCACAGACCAGAGAGAAUGAUUGGCACGAAAGGUUCCUGUGCGAGGUGCGGCCCCCACCCAGGCCAAUCCCACAGCACAUCAAAGUUAAACAAGUGUAAAUCAGUAACCAAAAGGUUAAACGGACGAAAACUCUUUUUUUGUUGUUUUAGAAGCAGCAGUGGAACGAAUAAGCAUUUUUUCCGAUAAAGAAUAGGUACAUAAUUGCAAGGGAAUGGGCUCCUGAUAAUUGUUCGUAGUCAUAGAGGGAUGAAAUUAAGCCUCGUAGGUGGAUAGCUAAGGAUAGUUUAGGGAUAGUCGCUUUAGGGAUAGUCUAUGACGUCACCCAUUGUUUUAACCCAGAGAAAACACGAAAGAAACUACUACAGGGAAACUACUCUCCACUAGACUAUCCUCUGCAUUUGACGCGGUGAUCUAGACGCAUGGUUGACAACAAACAAAUAGCAAACUUCAGCUUUCAAGUUCUCAGCCCCAAAUGUUAACCUUUUUUGUCGACUUAAAAAGAAUUUCAAUUAGUAGACAACAUUAAAAAAUUGUCAAUAUCAAACUUAGCUUUCCCAGCGCACUCGCCACAGGUAACAAUGCCCUUUGUUAUAUUCCUAGACUUUCACUCAACUAAACAGGGACAGCCAUUGGCUGAUUCUUGGUCACGUGGCCUUGACUAAAAUCAAAUGUAUCCCGAUCGUGAUACAUCAAGCAAUGUACCCUGCUCGGGAUACAUUACAGCACGUGAUCAGAGCAUGGUAGAAAGUGGCGUGACAAAAGGUGGGAAAAACACUGCCAGUUUUCUUUUUUGUGAAUGAACACAACAACACAAACACAAAGCCUCAAGCUAAAAAGCAACGAUUUUCAAAGUUAUCCCAGAAGAGAAACAGCAGCUAGUGGAGGAAGAUGCAGAUAAUAUAAGGAAAGUACUUUUUAAAUCAUUCAUUCAGUGGUUUGGAGAAUUAAAUUUAUGUUCUUAUAAGUACCGAGUCGUACUGUUUUGAUUCGCUCCUAUUAAGCGUAUUCUUUUGUUGCUGUUGAAGUACGUUGAAGUGAAAGUCUAGAAAUAUAACAAAACACUUAAUGACAUUAAGUGUAUAAAAGUUUUUCUGUUAUAAGGAGAUCGAAGCAAAGAUAAACCGAGGGACUUUUACUAAAGCAGGGUAACAAUUUCGAUGAACUUAAGUUGCAUGAACUAAAGUUAAAUUCAAUUUCCUCUGUUACAAGCAUACGCUCGAGACCAAAUUACAAGACCUCGAGAAGAUGUUGAACUCUACACGACUGGUUGCAGAAGAAGCGUCUUGGAAACAUUUGACGGCGCUGUGGUCCGCAGAGAAUAAUACAAAGAAAGAAAUUGACAAGGUGUGGACUGCGAUGGACGAAACAGGAAAACAGCUUGACGAGAAACUAGUGAAAAUACGACACAACCUUACUGGACAGGUAAUUGAACCUUUGUAAAGUUACGACUCAUAACGUCCCGCUGCGUCAGCACAAGCAAUUUUUUUCAUCGGCGGAUCAAUGGCUAAAGUUAUGGUUUAUUAGGUAAAACUUGGCAAAUCUUUAUUCUGUACCAGUCCUUCUGUCAUAGUAAAGAGAAUGGCACUAAAUCAAACUUCGGCAAUAAAAAGUAAUUUUGAUCACGUGAUUUGUCGUGUGACCAAAAGGUAGAAGAAUACUUCAAGAUUUUCAUUCAGGGAAAAAUUUUACUCUGCUGCUCUACUUGAGAUGAGCUAAAGAAUAAUGUUAUCGAUAAAUUAAAUUUUUCGUACAUAUACUAUUUUGGAAUACACCAGUUAAUAACGAACAUUCAGAUAAUCCAGCUGUGUAGUGUGCUUCAUCACAUGAAGCAGUAUAGGAGGGUCUCAAUGGGGUGGUGGAUUUUACGGUUAUCGGCUAAAAUUUUGGCUCUUUUACGGCUAUCGGUUAAUUUUUUUCAGUUACGGUUAACGAAAAAGUUAAAAAUUAACUUAUUUUGUUUCAAAAAGUUAAAUAUUAAUUAACCUGUAUUUUUUUGAAUAAGAGUCUUCGGAUCAUCUCGGGAUGAAAUAAGCUAUUCUUUUGAACAAUUUUAACAUUUGGUAGAUUAUACUUUUUAUAAAGUAUACCACUUCUAAUAUUAUUUUACACUUAGAAAUGUCAAUAGUCAAUUUAAAAAUGAUCUUUAUGAAAAAGCAAAAGCACACACACGAACGCCCAACUCAAGGCCGGGGCGCGACAUUCAUUAUAACAGAAAUGGCCGUUUUCACACUAGAGAAGGAUUAUUCGUGUGAGACGGGUUAUCCGUUUGAUGAUUCGCGUCAGAUAGGUAAUACGCCUUAAUUUGAAAAUGUUUUAAUUUUGAAUGAACAAUCCGCCUGACUUUUGAAGACGGGAUUAUCCGUUCCAGAUGGCCUGUGUACAGCCACCCCCUCCCCUCAGAAAAAAUCGGAGAUGGGGUGUCUGUGGGGAGGACGCGACUACACAGGCUAGUCUCAGACGGAUGAUCCAUUUCUAGCUCUAGUGUGAAAACGGCCAAUAACAAAAUUCCCGUGUCCAGUGUUUUUCAUGAUAGCGAAGGACUGUACGGAACGACUGUCUGCCGUUGCCUUGUCCGUAGGCCGCAUUAGUCUGCGCGACUAAUGCGUUUCGGGUCACGUGGUCCCGAGAUUGCGUGGGAAGACGCCGUACAGGGACUAGGCAUGGUAAUGUCUACCGCAGCGUCAGAGAAAAACAGGGAAAUGUUGUUUAUCGGCAACGUGUUUUACAAACAGUGACAUCUCUGCGUGUUGUUUCACACGCACGACCUCCGGAAAGAAGCCACACUUUCGCUAUGGAAAAAAUUAGUUCCCCGAUAGAGCGCCGGAUGGAGCCUAGGUCUUGGUUAAGGCGCUUCGCCUAACGUGUGUACGGAGUUACACUGGCCGGGAAAUAAGAAACCGAACCAUAAGUGAGUUUAGUACCUUCCCUAAAAGUAGCAAAUCUAGCGAACACUUUCUGUUACGGUUAACUCUUUUUUACCCUAUUUACGGCUAACGGUUAAAAGUUUUCAAUUUUUACGGCUAUCGGCUAAAUUUUUGGCCGUUUUACGCCUAUCGAUUAACCCCAUUGAGACCCUGGUAUAGGCUAUGAACUGGAUACGCAAAACUUAAAUUGAUCAUAAUAUGCACGGAAGAAUUGUCCAGCAAGAUACUUUAGGUAUAUAUGCAUGCUUUUCAAACUUCCCAAGUCCUUCAGUAUAUGCUCCCCACAUGUAAAUGAUGACUUUUUAAAAAUACAAAUGAACUUUGACAUACAGUGUAGCGAAUAAAAUGCAUUCGGCGUAAUUAUAAAAUUUUUUAUAGUACGAUCUCCUCACAGCGCGCAGUAUCUCACUCACAUACUAAGGAAAAACAUGGAUACAACUUGUGAUUAUUGCAUGAUAACUAGCUUGAGCGAAUGCAGUAACACUUCGCUUGCUGUUCUCAGAUUAACAACGUAGGCAAAAUAGCCGGACCCGUUGGACCUCUGGGAUUCAAUGGAAGUCAAGGACCCGCGGGAGCCGCGGGACCUCCGGGGCCCAAAGAAGCUGGAAACUUCAGCACGUGUCGGUAUAAAGUAAAGACAGAAGCUGGUGGAGGAGAUAAAUUGGCCAGUGUGGACGAGCACACUGUAAGUCACUACAAGUGUAAGGUGUAAUACUUGUUUUCUUACUCUGUCAGGCAGCCCCGUUCAAUUGCACCUUUGACUUAAAGAGGCUACAGUAUGUCACGACGAUAUUCCUCGUAUUUUAUGUGUCGAAGUCAUCACUUAAGACUUAAACAAAUUUCACCAGGGGGCACUAACCAUAAUACUUUUUUGUUAUUUUUGCAUGCGACAGGGAACAGUUUCAAUACCUAAAUAAAAUCUUAAAUAGCAAAACUGGAAAAUUUUUUUUUUGGAAUUCAAUUGAUGCGUAAAAGGUUCUGGCUUUUUUAAAUAGAUAGCAAAUAGAGCGAUACAGCCUCUUCAAGCUUGCACAAGGCUAAUUUAAAUAGUUUGCAUGCUUCUUAUCGAGUUCGAGGACAGAAGAUGAUUAUUGUUCUUAUUAAUUUUUAUUCUUUCGUUUUACAUUUGGUGAAAAAGUACAACUCCUUAUUUUUUUCUCCCUUAUAUUUUAAAAGUUGCCUUCACUAGAAAAAGAUGCGAGAGCGUCACACAGCUAAGGAGAAGCACAAAAAACUAACCCUCUAUAUUGUUUUGUUUCUCUUUCCAGGGCCAUAUUAUAAUAGCAGCAACCUGCUCUACAAACUACGCCGAAGAUAUUGAGUUUAGAUCCGCCAUUGUGGUCCAACCAAAACGGCGAUAUAUAUGCGACUGCAGGGGUGUCAAGAAUAGUGGGAAAAACCCUAAGAAAUGUUCCCUUCACUACUGGAUAUGCUUAAAAAUGUAA